UUCUGGUGAGAAUGCCACCGAAUGGCCAAGUGGAAUGGAAUGAUUUAAGUAAAUUGAUUGUAAGUGAUUGUUUGCCAGAGUGUAUCGACUAUUUUACCGUGCGGAUGAUAAUUAGAUAGCAUUGUGUCCGUGUACUUCGACCACGGCCCGUGGCUUUCAGUUGCAAGCAAGGAUCGAUUUCACGGUUGCACUGAUAACUAUCGCCGGUCCCUUUAAAUAUUUAUAAAUCAAAAUGUCAGAAAACGUGAGUCCUAUUAAGUAUUUUCUGAGCGGAGGCUUCGGUGGAAUCUGCACCGUUGUCUGUGGCCAUCCACUCGAUACCAUCAAGGUUCGGCUUCAGACAAUGCCGAAAGUUGGACCGAAAGAAAAUCCAUUAUAUUCAGGCACAUGGGAUUGUGCAAAGAAAACUGUUACUACAGAAGGUAUCCGAGGACUAUACAAGGGAAUGUUAGCUCCUCUGUGUGGUAUUGCUCCGAUAUUUGCAAUGAGUUUUAUGGGAUUUGGUAUGGGAAAGAAGAUUCAACAGAGGCACAAAGAUGAAAAGUUGACACCUAUUCAGUUGUUUUAUGCUGGAGCGUUUAGUGGUGUAUUCACUACUAUUAUAAUGGCACCUGGUGAGAGGAUAAAGUGUCUUCUACAAGUUCAACAUGGUAAUACGAAGCCUAAAUAUAAUGGUCCUAUGGACUGUGUAAAACAGUUGUAUCGGGAAGGAGGAGUUAGAAGUAUAUACAAAGGUACCUGCGCUACAUUGUUAAGAGAUGUACCAGCCAGCGGGAUGUAUUUCAUGACGUACGAGUGUCUGCAAAGAGCGAUGACCCCGGAAGGCGGAAAGCUAGGACUUCUUUCCACGAUUACAGCAGGCGGUUUGGCAGGGAUUGCCAAUUGGAUCGUAGGGAUGCCACCAGAUGUUCUAAAGAGUCGACUUCAAACUGCACCUGAAGGCACUUACAAGAAUGGUAUCAGAGAUGUUUUCACACAAUUGAUGAGAGAAGAAGGACCUCGGGCACUCUAUAAAGGCUUUACUCCUGUCAUGCUUCGAGCUGUUCCAGCUAACGCUGCCUGUUUCUUAGGAUUUGAAGUGGCCAUGAACUUCCUUACAUGGGCUGCACCAAACUUAUAACAUCGAUCUGAUGUUACCAAGACUGAGAGCUACCUUCGUCUUAACAGACUUACUAACGUAGUAAAAAUGUAGCGUAAAGGUGGAUCUUGAUAUCAAGUAUCGUCACCGCAAUGCUUCUCGAUAAUACGUGCUUCUUGACCAAUUUUAAGAGGAUAGAAACAUACUGAUUUAUGAACAUUAUUUCCACUCAAGUAAAUUUGUACAGGUCAUUAAAUUGUUUCUGUUAUUGCCACUGCUAUUUUUAUUGUCAAUUUGAACAAAAAUGUACAUAUUCCCAUAAUGCCUAUUUUUGUGAAUUAAUAUUAGGUGGGGAAAUACCUUUAAACGUGAGGUAUAAUUUUCGUGUAUACAUUAUUAAAAUCAGUGUUAAUUUUGAUAGACUAGCCUUUUGCAAUUUUUUACUGAUAAAAGUAUAACGUGUUGUUGGGUACAGGAAAUAAUGUUUGUAAAUCAAUACAGAAUUUAACUGCUCUUAAUAUGUAAGGAAAAUAUGCAUCCCAAAGCUGCCAUUAAAUUACUAAUCCACAGGAACAUAGUGAUAAUAUGAAAGUAUAGAUGUAAGAAGGAUCUUAAGUGUCAUUCAAUGGAAAACAUUACAUCAAGAAAGGUGUCAGGGGAUGUAAUUGAUAAGCAAAGUUUUCCUAAUACAUAUCGAGGACAAAUACAGGUCACGUAGUCGUGUUCAACUUAUUGCGUCAAGGAAUUACACCUGAUUUCAUUAUUAAAAGAAGUACUUGACUAAGGCUAACUUAAGCAAUGAUACAGUGUGUGUAUUAAUUGAGUAAAAAUGCAAAUACUAUAGUGUAGUGUAUAAUACACGCAAUUGUUAAUUUUCUACAAAAAUACUUUUAAUGUUAAUAUUUUUUAAAAGAUUUGUAUUUUUGUUGUUGAUAGUGAAGAGAGUGAAUUAUUGUAAUAGACUUAUGAAUACUGGCAUUUUAUUGUAAUAAUUAAUACUUUUUUCUUAUGAACUUGAAAGUGAUUUUAAAAAUCACACAUAAAAACAUUUUGUAUACCUAAUACUUUAGGUAUAAAAAUUUAUUUAAGUUUCAACACUUUACAUAUCAGCUGAUAACAAUUAAGUAUCAUAUGAUGAAUUGUUUUGCGAAUGGCAGAUAUAAAUUCCUCAAUGGUCUCUGCCGGCUAUAUACGCACAGAAAAUGCAUGCAAAUAAGUUGUACGGUUUCACCGUCAUGUGGGUUAUAAUCAAAAUGUACUAUUUUGUAAUUUUUAUGAUAAUUGUUUGUGUAUGUAUUAACGCUCAUUAAACUGAACGUUAAAAACACACAGCGAUAUAAGAAAUUAACUUAAUUUAUUACAGUAACUUAACGAGAUAAUGUGUAAAAGGACGUUACAGUUGAUAAAUAAAAAGAAUUCCAGUUUA